AUGAUUGAUUCCUUAAUGCUUCAAUUAAGUUUUGUAGUUCUGAUUGAUAUCUUGGUGGUGUUGCUUGAUAGCUUAAUAAGCCUUGAAAAGCCUGUCACAUACUACGUGAUAUGUUGUAUUUGCUGCUCAAAUCCUUUAGCUUCAGUAUCGGCACCAAAUCCAAGUUUCUCAAUCGGAUCACAAGAACAAAGGGUUGUUCAUCCUUGUUCACCGUGUUCAUCUAGCCCUGGACAGGUUUCUAGAAUGGAUGUGAUCACAGAUAGGUAUGCUACCUGGAAACGUAGCAUUAAUAUCAGAGCUGAAACCUGCAUCAACAUACUCAAGGGCGAUCAAGUGAUGAAGUACUUCAUUAGCUGUGGAUUUGCGUUUCUCCAUUCUAAUUCUACUUUUGUAAUCUCUGUGGAGACUGUCAUGGUGGAGCACGAAUCGACCCCGCCUCUGUUCUAAACGGUCAUGCAGAGAUCACUCAGAAACUGAGCACAGCCUCAACAGAAGCAGAGAAAGCUAAAGCCCAGAUCGUGCUGGACGUUCUAACUUCUCUCGAUUCUUGCCUCGCGGUCAGUCCAUUAUUUACUGAUUCUCCCAGACUAGGCAGCUUUGCUGUCAUUUUUAGAUCCUUCAACAUUGUAAGUUUUCGUAAGUUUUUUUUAGCUCUGAAUUCUGUUUAAGGUUACUAAUAACUUACCAGUGUCUCUUUUUAAAUUCUAUAUAGGCAAAAUAAUUCGACAGUCUUUGUAUUUAUUUUGAAUAUGUUAUGCAAUUAUUAUUGUUCUAUUUACUUAU